AGUGUCAACCGAUGCUGGAGAAAUGUUGUAAAGCUUUGUCGUAAAACUCUCAAUUAUUGUUAUUAAAGCGUCGUUUUUCUUAAUCUAACAAAGUACCAAACAAAAUUAGCAACCAUGGCGAAGAUGGCAUUUCAGCACCAGGCCGGAACGGCUAUGGAGUGUCUUAGUAUACCGAUCACCCUUCAAAAAGAAGCUGGAGUUGACCCCGAAGGACGAGAGGUUAUGAAGUGUGGCUUUAAAAUCGGGGGAGGAAUAGACCAGGACUUUCGAAAGAGUCCGCAAGGGUACACUGAUAAUGGUAUAUAUGUUACAGAAGUACAUGAAGGUAGUCCUGCAGCAAAAUCUGGCUUAAGAAUGCAUGACAAAAUCCUACAAUGUAAUGGAUAUGACUUUACAAUGGUUACACACAAAAAGGCUGUUAGUUAUAUAAAGAAACACCCAGUUCUCAAUUUGUUAGUGGCCAGAAAAGGAGUCACAUCCACAUAAUUUCAAACAAGUGUAUUUAUUUUUUAUAUUAUUUUGAAAAAGUGAAUGGCCAGGUAUGUUUGCAUUGAUGAAAUAAGUUAUUAAUUAUACAACAUGUAUAAUUUUCCUUUAAAGAAACCAUUGAAAAUAAUAUGUUUUAACUUUUAAGAUAUUAGACAAUAAUAAAACCACUGUCAUAGUCUAAAUACAAGAUUUCCAUAUUUUACAUUGUACAAAGUUGAGUACAAACUUUAAUUUAAGUAUUUUUUAUAACCUGGCCAUAAAGCAACCCCAUGAAUUAUAACUUAAUAAGUUACUUAUUUAUAAAUGUAUUUUAAGUUUGAACGGUAAUAUGUGUUUGGUAACAAUGGGUGUAGAAGUAUUUAGAAUAUUUAUAGUUACCAAUUUGCCAAGUAGUUUUACAACUUAUAUUGUAUAAUUAGGCUCUCUUCUAUGUUAUUUAUUUUCAUUUCAAUAGCACAUUCAGAUGUAACCGUGCCAACUAAGUUAAUGCAAACCAAUGUUUUAAUGAUAGCCAGAAGUAUGUAUGUUCUAAACUACUUCUUAACAGGGUGUAAAUUGUACCUUAUUUAAAGUAAUGUUCAAUUGGAAUUAGAAGGAAAGCUUAUUCAGAAGAUUUACAAAAUUUGGCAACACCGACUAACAUGACAAGCCAGCAGCUACUCAGUUAGUAGUUUAAUCCUUCGAUCAUGGAACCAGACACAAUAGCUUAUCUAUUGUUAUUGCGGCCGCAUGUGGCCGCUUAGGAUUUGAAGCAUUAAAUUGCUAUACAACUAGAUAUCAACCUGCUCAAAGUUGUAAACCAGUAAGAUAAUAGACUAUCAGCAUAUUGCUAUUUAAAGAUCUACGAUAUUCAAUAAGUAGGUGAAACAUAAUAUUAUAGUUUACUUAAAGGACAGGUGAAGGUAAACUUUAGCUUAAUAUUAUAAUUUUAUUUAAAGAUAUUUGCAAUCUUUAACAUGAUUUCCAAAUACUUACUGCAUUUAUUUGACAUUACUAGUAUUACUAAUUAUUGUAAGGCAAACAAUGUAUUUUAUAUUUUUAAAUACUCCAUGAUGUAUAAUAAUUGAACAUGAAGUACAUAUAUAUAAGCUAAUUUAAGUGUUAUCCCUUGAAAGAUUUAGUUCAAAUUUGAUAGGUAAU